AUGGCGCUCGACCUGUGGGUGCUACACCGAUGUAUCGCCGGACUAUUCCACGAGCUUGUUGUACAGCCACGCGAGAUCUUCAGCCCUGUCUCCCGAGCGUUGCGGGCCGUGCAAGCUCCUUUCUCCGUCGAGUUCCUUCCUCCGUCGAGUGGAACGUGCCGGAGCCCGACUCCGAAUGUCACCAUCACGACGCCGACUUCAUGA